AUGUGUCUUCUGCAUAAAUUAAUUAAAAAAGAUCAUGUGCCCGUCAUCCUCGACCUCCACUCACCGUCCUACAACGCGUGGCGCACCUACUUCGCGCUUUUGUUCCGCUCCUACCGUCUCAUCGAGCACGUUGAUGGGAGCGUCGACUUCCGCGACAUGAAGGACGACGACGAGUGGCUUGCCGUGGACGCCUGCAUCGUCAAGUGGCUCUUCCUCACCAUCUCUCCAGGCCUCUUCAACAUGGUGAACUCCCGUGACCCCUCAGUGUACGCCAUGUGGACACGGCGGUGCGAUCUCUUCCUCGACAGUCAGCUCCAACGCCGUGUCUUCCGCCAAGAUGAAUUCUUCAUUAUGCAGCAAAACGAUCUUUCGAUCGAUGAGUACUGCACGCGGCUGAAGGUUCUCGUCGACGAGCUGCGCGACGUCGGCAUGAACAUCGACGACUCCGUCCUCCUCACCAACCUCCUUCGGGGCCUCCACCCCGACCUCGGCCAGUCCGCCGCCAACCUCUCCCUCGUCACGCUGACAUACGCGAAGGCGGUCACGUACCUUCGUAUGGAGGAGAAGCGCCUCCGCCACUCCGCCCGGCAGGCCACCCACGCCGCUCUUCACGUUGGCGUCGCCGCCGGCCAUGGUGCUUCCCCAACUCAGCCGGGGCCGCGCGCGUCUGCUCCUGCCCCGCCACCCGCGCCCGCGCCCUCCGGCGGCCGCAAGAAGAAGGGUCCCGGGGGCCGGGCCGCAACUCCAACAUGA